AAACAAAAUAGUAAGAGAAACAAACGCGGCUGCUGAACCAGAGUCCUUUCUCUCUCCUCUCUCUCUCUAAACAUUUUUCUCUCUCUACUUUUUUUUUUCCUGCUCAACGUUUUGAGCUUCAGAGAUCGCAUAACACGAUCCAAUUUCCACGAUACGUGAAUCAAGCGAGUUCUCAGAUUCACAAUAAAUUGAAAAUUUGUCGAGUUUUUUCCUCCCGAGUGUAGAUUGGUAUAUUGCCGAGCAAAAUUAGCCUUUUUUUCUCUUUCUUUGUUAGGUGAGGAAAUCGAAGUUUAAGUCUGAUCAGGGAAAAUCAUUAAGGGUUUUUCUGGGUUCUCAAUUUUGUAUAUAUACCUUGGAGAUUUUUGGCGGAAAAGUAAACGGUGGAGGAAAAAAGUUCACUUUUUUAGGGAGUUUUUGUUGUUAUUGUUAGUAAUUUUUGUUCCCUUUGUUUCCUUUUGCGUGUGAUGAUAUCUGUGGGCAGUAGAGAUGGUAGAAAGAGGAUAGGUUUGGGAUUAGAUAUGGAAGAAACUGAGCUUGAAGAAGGAGAGGCUCUCGGUUAUCACGAGGAGGGAGAAGAUUCCACCAUUGACCCUGAUAUUGCUCUCUCUUACAUUGAGGAAAAAGUCCAUAGAUUUUUGGGUCACCUCCAGAAAGAUUUUGAAGGUGGUGUUUCAGCUGAGAAUUUGGGGGCGAAAUUUGGUGGCUAUGGUUCAUUUUUACCUACUUAUCAACGGAGUCCAUCUUGGUCCCAUACAAAAAGUCCAGCUGAGGCUCAUAACUAUGAGUCACCAAGAUCCCCGAGAAAGCCACAUACAGAGGAUCAGAGGCAGAAUUCUUUAGCUUCAUCAAGUGCUUCUCCAUCGAUAAGGCCCCAUGCUGCUUCAGGAAAAUCUUUAUCAGUAGGAAGUUCCUUAAAAGGCAAUGGCUACUUAAAAGCUAAACAUGCUGAGGAAUCAAGCUUAAAAAGUGAAAUAAAUAAAAAAUCUGUGAAUGAUCAGAGAACACUGAAGGUCCGAAUCAAAGUUGGAUCUGAAAAUUUGUCAGCACAGAAGAAUGCUGAAAUCUACAGUGGACUUGGUCUUGUAGUUUCACCAUCUUCUUCAAUGGACGACAGUCCCACAACUAGUGAAGGGCAAUGUGUUAAACUUUUGGGUGUGCCGGAGGCAUCACCAACCAGUAUACUUCAGAUUAUGACGUCUUAUUCUGGGGAACUGCUUCUAUCCCCUCUUUCCGAGGAUCUGAUUCAUCUUACAGAAAAAAGGAAAUUUAGGGGAAAGUGUGAAACUAAAUCAGUCGAAAAAACAAGCAAAAAAUCUGGGUUGUUAGGGAAUGGAUCUCUUUCUAGUAGGAGCAACCACAAAGUUACUGAGCAGAAAAAGGUCGUGUCAUCUGAAAAGGAUGACGAUUUCUUCACAGAAUUAUCAUCUCAGAAAAAUAAUGCUUUUGUGGAUAAUAAUGUUUCUCCAUUGAAGAAGGAAAAAGAAAACGAUAGUGAUGUGUUUGGGUAUGAGGAGCUUUUGAAACUUCCACUUUUAUCGAGUUCUCAGCAUAUUGUUGCCAAUCCGUCAAAGGAUGUGUCACCUGCAACAAUUGCUACGAAAGAUGGGAUGAAGCGAGAAACCUUCUCCCCGUUCAUUGAGAAGGAACAUUUGGAGAGUGCACCGGCUCAAGAUGCUAGCAGAGCUGAAAAGUUGGGUGGGAGGUCUGGUUCAUCGGGCAAGGCUUCUGAAUCUAAAGAAGGAAAUCUUGUCGGUACUGUUGCAGCUUGCCCUCAGGAGGACAUAUGCAAAGCAGAAAAACCUUUGGACCAGUUGGAAUCUAAUGCCUCUAAGGGAAUAAAAGCUCUCACUUCUGCUGAGCCCACUGAUCCCUUGAAACAGUUAGUCACUCAGAAAGGUGGAUCAGUUAAUGAGGAAGGUCUGGAAUCGUCUCUUGAAAAAUCAUCAACUGGGGGUAAGAGGAAACGGAAGGAAGCUCAAAAUAAAGGCUCUGAAGGUGCAUAUGUGGUAAAAGACGAGUUAAUGGUUGAGUCUUCUCUGGGUCCUAAAAGUGGGAAGAGUUCUCAUACUAAUAGUUUCAUAUCUAAAAAUGAUGUGCCUGAUCUCCAGAAGGAGCAUGAGAAACCAAGGGACCGCUAUAAGGACUUCUUUGGAGAUGUAGAAUUUGAAGAUGACGACAAUGAAUCAGUUUCUGGGGAAAUGACAUCCUCGGGAAGGUUAAAGGAUCCUCAACUUGUUGGAAAAAGAAACAUAAAUAAAGAUCAUAACAUGUCUCGAGAAAAACAUACAGGCAGAAAUUCUGAAAAAACACUAGAGAAAUAUGCUAAACCUGUUUCCCGGUCAGCUCCUCCCCUUGAAAAUGGUCCGAGUUCUGAAGCUCCAGCUGGAUCGAUUCCUCUGGUCCAAGAAGAUUGGGUUUUAUGCGAUAAGUGUAAAACAUGGAGACUACUUCCACUUGGUACUAAUCCCAAAAGUCUUCCUGAUAAAUGGCUUUGUAGGAUGCUUACUUGGCUGCCUGGGAUGAACCGUUGUAGCAUCCCAGAGGAGGAGACAACUAAUGCUUUAAGGGCCCUUUACCAUCCUGUUGCUUCAGUUCCGGUCCCUCCUCCCGAGGGUCAAGAGGUUCGGCCAAAUAAUUCCAUUAUGGCUUCGGUGGGGAUGACCUCAGCUGAUUCUAAGCCUCUGGCUCAAGAACACCAAGACGUUGCCAUCCCAACUGCAUCAAAUAGUGGGAAGAAGAAACAUGGGUCUGCAGUGGCUGCUGCAAAUUCAGCGGAUAUAGAUGGUUCCACCAACUCUUCGAACUCACGGAAGGAAGAACCUUGGUAUGUUGGGAAAAAUAACUAAAUUAACAGCACGAACAACUCACCUUCUGUAGAUGCAUCUGGACAGCAUAUGCGGCAAGCAAGUGUGGCACUAGAGAAGUGCAGUGAUGCUAAAGCAGAAAAAAUAUCACAAGUCAGCUCUUCUGAUAAAGGUACAAGUGUAAAGAUAAAGAGCAACCGUGAGUCUGAUUUGGAGGGUUCUAGAGCUUCUAAAAGAAUGAAGAGCGAGGAGUUACAUUGUGAUGAUGAAAAUUGGACUUCUGACAAUGGUGGCGGGGCUUCCACGAAAGCAGGCCGUCGCUCUUCCAGUCUGUCAAACUAUCCAUCUGGUAAUGAUCGAGACAAGUACAAUAACCAUAAAGAUUUUAGUGGUGAAUCCAUGAAAAGUAUAGUAUCAAGUAUGAAUGUAGAUUUGCAUGUUCCGUCACCUGCAGCCGAUGGUUUGCUCUGUUCUGGAAAAUAUGAUGACGAAGAUUCUAGAAAGAGGAGAGCGAAAGAAAAUCAUGGUUCUAGGACUCAUAUUGAGCCUGUUUCCAAUUCAGGACAACAUUACUUGCACUCUGGUGAUUUUAUAGAAGAUUUGAGUGAAAGUGAACACCGAAAAGAAAAGAAAGCUAGACUUUCCAUGUCUGGAGGAAAAUCUAUGAGUGGAAGCAAAGCCAGUGUAGGGGCCGGCAGAAAAAGCAAAAGUAUGAAGGACCAACAUGAUGGGCAGCUUGUGAAUGGCACUCAAGCAGUAGAUUAUUUGAAAAGUGACAUGGCUUCUGCACAUCCUUCAGUUGCUGCCAAUUCAAGCUCUUCCAAGGUAUCUGGCUCGCAUAGGACCAGAACCAAUGGCCAGGAAGUUAAAGGUUCCCCAGUUGAAUCAGUUUCCUCAUCCCCUCUGAGAUUUCCUAUGUCGAUAAGGUCACAUCAUCUCGGAAAAGCCUCGAUGGACGGACUGAUUUUCAUGAUUCUGCUGCUGCCAACCCGGGAAGGUUUUCAGGCAAUGAUGAUGGAUGGGAACGACCGAACAGGAUUGGAUAAAAUAGAUGCAGUUCUUACCGUCAAUGAUCAUGUCGAUGAUGUCCACAGCAAUCAGUUAUGUCAUAGUAAUCAGUAUGCUAGUACAAAACAUUAUUCUGAGCAAUCCAAAGCUGAAACAAGAACAAACAACGACCAAUCUCAGAGUGGAGUUCACUCAAAGAAAUCUGGAAAAGUUUCGUCUUCACAUUCUAAAGACAAGGCUCGUGUGUCUGGUUCUGACUUAGACAAGAUUAAAAUCAAGGCUUCUGAUUCAAGAAAUGAUGCUUCAGAUCACAUGCAUUUGCAUGAGGAGAAGUCAAAGAGUAGAAGAAACAAGUCAGAUGAGAAAUCUGGCACUCCUAAAAAGGGCGAGAAGUUUAUUUCCAAGAAAGAUAUGGCUGGAGGAAUGUCAAGUGAGAGCUCUAAAGCACCAAGUCAAAAGAAAUUUGGCCAUGAUGGACAAGAUGCUAUCAGAGAUAAGAAGCAUGAACUCCCACAAGAGCAUGAAAAUGAGAAAUUACCCAAGAAAAGCAACCAGACUGAAAUCCGCGGGAAUGGGAAGUCACACUCACUUCCACCCCUAGCAAGAAUACAGACUGACCAUGCUCCUGUUUCUGGAUCUCAGAAGGAAAAUAGUUUAAAAGGUUUGGCUGUUGAUGCAUCCGAUAAUGGUGAUGCACUAAAGGCGUCAAAUCAGAGAAAGAAAUCUGAGAACUCAAAUGGUCAGCCUAUGAGGCAUCCAACCCCAAAUUCUCAUAAAAUUCGGGAUGUUGAUGCUCCAAGUCCUGUUCGAAGGGACUCCUCCAGUCAUGCUGCUAAUACCAUUUUAAAAGAGGCGAAGGACCUCAAACACAUGGCUGAUCGUCUUAAGAAUUCUGGUACCAGUAUUGGUCUUUACUUUGAAGCUGCCCUCAAGUUUCUCCAUGGAGCCUCUUUGCUCGAAUCCGGAAGUAGUGAAGCCACUAAGCAUAAUGAACUGAUGCACUCAUUGCAUAUAUAUAGUAGCACUGCAAAACUCUGCGAGUUUUGUGCCCAUGACUAUGAAAAGUCAAAAGACAUGGGUGCUGCUGCUUUGGCCUACAAAUGUAUGGAGGUCGCUUACAUGCGAGUGGUUUAUUCAUCUCAUAGCAAUACAAGCAGGGAUCGGACCGAGUUGCAAAAUGCUCUACAAAUUUCUGCCCCUGGUGAAUCUCCUUCCUCAUCUGCCUCUGAUGUCGACAACUUGAACCACCAAGCGACAGCAGACAAGGCUGCCUCAGCCAAAGUAGUGGGCUCUCCUCAAGUUUCUGGAAACCAUAUCAUCACUUCACGGAACCGUUCUGGUCUUCUGCGUGUUCUGAACUUUGCACAGGAUGUUACCUUCGCAAUGGAAGCUUCAAGAAAAUCAAGAAUUGCUUUCACAGCUGCUACGUCAAGACUUGGAGAAACCCACAAAGAGGGUAUCCGUUCACUUAAAGACGCGCUUGAUUACAACUUCCAAGAUGUUGAGGGUUUAUUGCAGCUUGUGCGAUUUGCAAUGGAUGCCAUCAGCCGUUAAACAGCUUGUAAUUAUCAUUCCAAUUUUGGGUCCUUCGUCACCAAAUAAUAUGCAAUGCAUCAUGAGUUCAAGUAGAAUGUGUCACCCUUGUAAAUCUGUACAGUUAUAUUGAGUUUGCAAUGCCUUUCUGAUUCUUUAUUGCAUGCUUAUGGAUGAUAAUAAAGGCCUCAAUUUUUGUUUUA